AUGGCCAAUCAUAUGAUUGGCAACCGCAACAGCACUCCAGAGGCUGCUCCGAAUGCCUCGCUGCGUCCUCCAUCGUCAGCCCGCAAUCUCGGAUCACACCAGCUGCGAGCCUCUGCGGAUAUGUCUGGGUUCCCCUCGCCACUCUCCUCGCGGAGCCUGCGCCCGGCCUCGGAAGUGUUUUUCAAUCAGCAGACGCAAGGGCAGAACUCCGCAGAGGAGGCGUUGGAUCGCGCUGCUCAGCAGUGGCUCGCUGAUAUCGAUCAGUAUCAGACUACAUUGGAGGAGAUGGCUGCUGCUACCCUUGACCAGGAUUUCAAGGACGAACUGAGCGCUAUCGAGCAAUGGUUCCGUGUGCUGAGUGAGGCCGAACGAACGGCGGCUCUGUACGCAUUGCUGCAACAGACCACCCAGGUGCAGAUCCGAUUCUUCAUCCAGGUUCUGCAGCAAAUGUCUCAAGGCCAUCCUAUGUCCGGACUUUUGUCUCCAGCGAACUUUGGUGAAAAAGAUGCCAUGUCUAGCCGCUUGAACGACGCGAUGUCGAAACUCAACAUGGACAGCACCUCACGAAGCUCCAUGGGCCGGCCCCCACCCUCCCCAGGCGCGAAACGUAACUCUGGCUUGGAUUCCAGUACCAUCAACGCCAUGUUCCCUGAUGCUGCGGCGGCUAUCGCGAAAAAGAAGGCGGAUGCUGUGUACGGAGAUCGCACUUCCUUCGUUGCUCCCACCAUUUCCGCUCCUGACAACAACUCGGACAACUUGGGACAGCCCCCAGCGUCUCCGUGGGGCCAGCGUGGCGGCCUCUCAGCAGAUGCUCAGCCUCCUAUCGCACGGCCCAAGUCUUCCUCCGGUCACCAGCCCAUGGGACAGUUCAGCCAGUCAGGCAUGCGUUCUCCGAUGCCCCAGACUGCCACCGUGCCCGCACCGGAGAUCGAGCCUCCACUGCUUUCGCCGUACAAUGUGGGAAACCACAGCUGGGCUUCGAUGACUAACACACCCAUGACAGCGACCUUUGGACAUCAGGUCAAUGGACCUAACAACCAAGCUGACAUGGUCGCCAACGCCACUGCGAUGAAGCUUGCCGCCUUGUCUACUGUCAACAACCGCAUAGCAUUGGAUGAUGCUCGCAAGUAUCGUCGAGCUCGCUCGAAUGAUGGCCAGGGCAAAAAUGCGUCCAAUAAUCCGACCAUUGCUCAGAGCUUGCAUAGCCCUGGCCUACACGGCUCAAUGACCAGUCAUAUGUUGGGUGCUCAACAGCUCGCGGCGUUGCAAGCCCAGCAGCAAGCUGCUCUCGCUGGACGACGGUCGCGGCCCACCUCUCCCGGGAUUGCCAUGCAGGGCGGCGGUGGUCUCGGUGCGAUGAGCUUCACCUCCCCGCAGAACAACGGCUUCUUGGCUGCCUAUGACCCGAACAACCCUCUCAUGGGAAAUGCCCUGGGUUCUCUGGGCAUCAAUCAGUUCGGACUCGGCGGCGAAGGCUAUCUCUCUGACCAUUCGGAAGUGACCCGUGGUCGGUCGCCACGUGGUCGUCGUGGUAGCUCGAAGCCGCCAGAGGAUCCCACCGACCCUACCCUUCUGAAGGAUAUCCCCAGCUGGCUGCGAUCCCUUCGGCUGCACAAGUACACGGACAACCUCAAGGAUCUGAAGUGGACCGAACUAGUUGAACUCGACGACAAGGCCCUGGAGGAGCGUGGAGUCAACGCACUGGGUGCGCGAAACAAGAUGCUCAAGGUCUUUGAUCAAGUUCGUGAAGCUCGUGCCGAUGGCAAGCUUGACAAUAUGUCAUAA